UCCCUUAACGCCACUUGACAUUAUCUUUUCUUUUUCCUUUCAAAAGUUUUCUAUAUAUAAACCACACCGCAGGUUGUGUUUCACUUUCCUCUAAAGCCAAAUUUCUUUGCUUUUUUCUCAUCCAAAAAGCCGGCAUGAAGGUCCGAUCGUGGCUAAACACAUGCUCGACCAGCAUAUGCGCCACUACCACCCACGACUCCACCAUUCCAUUCCCCAAAAACCCCUCACACUCACCGGAACAUCUAGUUUCCGACAGCUCCUCCGAUAAUCGCGGGAGCGCCACGUCAUCUUCAGCUUCUUCAAAUGACACCAGCUACAGUAGCCUCCAUAGUAACCUCUCCCUCCUGACUCUGCCGUCUGUCCCUUCCUUACAAAAGCUUUUCCCUGAGACCUUAGGCUUUUCCGUGUCUCACAUCAGCGUUACUUCAAUUAAGCCCCGGCCGAAGCAGCCGAUCACAUGCGUUGCGGUUCAGGGUAAUUUAUUGUAUGCUGCUUCUGUCAACGAAAUCAACGUUUAUGACCGCGAAACCUCCACUCUUCUCGAUGUAUACAACAGCCAGGAUUCAUCCUCUGGUUCCGUCAAGUCCGUCACUUUCUGUAACGAAAAAAUCUUCACUGCUCACCAGGACUGUAAGAUCCGAGUCUGGCAAAUGACCAUGAAUAAAAAGCACAAGUUUUUAAUCGCUCUCCCCACCUUUAACGACCGUUUACGCCGUUUCAUUCUCCCAAAGAACUAUGUCUACGUACGCCGUCACGUGAAGCGGUUGUGGAUUGAACACACCGACGCCGUUACAGGACUCGCCGUUAAUAAAGGUCUAAUCUACUCAGUUUCUUGGGAUAAAACCUUGAAGAUAUGGCGAGCUUCAGAUGUUCGCUGCUUGCAGUCUAUUAAAGCACACGACGACGCCAUUAACGCCGUCACCGCCUCUGCUGACGGCACCGUUUACACAGGGUCUGCCGACAGGCGGAUCCGAGUCUGGGCAAAAUCGUCAGGAGAGAAGUGUUACGCCUUGGUGGCAACAUUAGAGAAGCAUAAAUCAGCGGUUAACGCACUGGCUUUAAACUACGACGGAUCGGUGCUUUUUUCGGGUGCCUGUGACCGUUCGAUACUGGUUUGGGAGAGGGAGGAUAGCGCCAAUUACAUGGCGGUGACGGGAGCGUUGAGAGGACAUGGGAAGGCGAUACUGUCCUUAAUCAACGUCUUUGAUUUACUCAUGAGUGGAUCCGCUGAUCGGACAGUUAGGAUUUGGCAACGUGGAGUGGAAGGGAAAUACUGUUGUUUGGCCGUUUUGGAAGGUCACCAGAAGCCGGUGAAGACGUUGACGGCAGUUAAGGAGGAUGGAAACAGUGAUGUGGUUUCGGUUAUCAGUGGCAGCCUGGAUGGGGAGAUUAGAACGUGGAAGAUGUCGGUUUCGAGAACCAGUAGCCCAUCAUCGACGACAGAUGUUCCAGAAUGGAAUUUGUGAAAUAAAUAAAAGUAAUUAACCCCGCAAUUACAUAAUAAAAUAAAGCAAAAAUUAGCGGGCUCUGAAUUUUUGAUAUUGGUCCUCGACAUUUUAUCAACAAGGAUUAUUUGUUUAUUUUUUUUAUCUGUUUGUCGAAUUUUUCUUCUUUGGAGGAACCGUUUGCUUUGUAAAAUAUAUUAUUAUA